AUGUUUAUUUCCAAGUUUAUAUAUUUUGGAAAUAUCUCUUACAAUGGUUACUAUAGGUUGAAAAUCUCAGGUUCAACAUAUAGAUGUCCAUUCUGUAACAACAAGGAUUAUUACUCUUUGAGUGAGCUUCUGAGACAUGCUUCUAGAAUAACCGGUGACUCGCGCGAGACAAUAAAGGAAAGUGCUAAACACUCUGCACUUCAAAGGUACAUUGGUAAAGACAAGUCACCUGCUGUUAAAGCAACUUGUAAAGAUAAGUUACCUGCUUUGAGUGUUUCUAUUGAUAAGGAUAGUUCACAUAAUGUUAACAUUGCUGAGAACCAGUCACCGAAUGAGAUUGUUGCUGGUGAUGAAUUGUUUGUCUGGCCAUGGAUGGUAAUUCUGGCAAGCAAUGUUACCACAUUUGACCCGAAGAGCGGAAAGCGUGUUGGAAAGAAACAUAAUGAAAUUAAGGAGGAGCUGCUCUUGAAAGGGUUUCAGCCGGUGAAAGUUACUGCGCUGUGGAACCAUAACGGACAAACACCUUUUGCAAUUGUUGAAUUUGGAAAAGAGUGGGAUGGUUUCCACAAUGCUAUGAUGUUAGAAAGGCGCUUUCAAGCAGAUCAUUGUGGUAAGAAAGAUUACUUGAAUUUACGGCAGCAGGAUCGAGGAGAUAGACUCUUUGGGUGGAUGGCACGUGGUGACGACUAUAAUAAUGUUAGGGAUAUAUUUGGGAAACACCUCCGGGAUAACGGGGAUUUGAAAACUGUUUCUGGAAAAGAAGCCGAGGACGAUAGGAAAGCAAAGAAGCUUGUCUUUGGCUUGGCGAAUACUUUAAUGCUGAAGAACAGGGAAUAUGAACAGACAGCAAGCAAAUAUCACGAGGCUAGUCAAUACCUAACGAAAGUAAUGGUUGAAAAAGAGGAGAUGGUUGAACAUUUUAAUAACGGUAUGCUGAUGCUUAAAUUGAAUUGUUCUAAUUAA